GCUCCGAAACGUCCGUCGGCAAAACGUCCGCACACGGGGUAAACCAUAGUAUACUUGAUUAAAUUAAACACUAAAUCUCACUUUGUUCUUGUCUAUACAGAAAUAGCACUUAGUCUGGGAUUAGACAUAUUAGGCAUUACUUCUCAAGAUUGCUAUGCUAGUCAAGCAUCAUACUUAAACUGCCUUACUUAAAGUCACCUUCGUGCAAGUUAAACAAUGUAAAUAGAAGACUACAUCUUUCUCUUAGCAGGAUUCUUCAAUCUUCUCCCCUUUGCCCUGUGAGAGGAAGUGUCCAGGCAUUUUUGACAUCACUUAAGUCCAAAUCAAAACAUUUUAUGAACAGUUUAUUAUUUAACAAAAGAAUACUCAAAAGGAAAUAAAACUAUUUUUCUUAAAUAUUUGUUACAAGGAUCAUAAAGUGCUCAAAGUUACUGUAUAUGCACAAUAGAUGAUGACAGAAUCUCCUGGGUUAAAUACUGAUACAAUAUUAAAAUGCUAAAUUUUAUCAGGAACGAAAUCAAAUAUCUGCAAAAAAAAUCUUUUUUAGUAUAGCCACAUGUGAGUGGUGCCUUGACAGGCUAGAAGAUCAUAAUUCAUAUAAUUGCUUUACAAACAUAAGAGAACACCUUGUCAUAUCUCACAUCCUAUUUUUACUUAAUAAAUAAAUUGUAACACAAUAAUGCAGUUUUAUUUUUUUAAGUGUAGGGUAAAUUGUUUAUGUGUCAUGGUCUGUGCAGGGUCAGCAGGCUUUGUUACCGUUUCGUACAGAGGCAGAUAUUCUCCCCUGCAGUAUAUUUACUGGAGGCUCAGAUAUUGCCUCAUUUUUCUCGUAGCUAAAUGCCUGCAAUCAUUUUCUCCCAGACCCUAAGUGUAUAUUCAUUUCUAUUACCAGCUUGGCCUUCUUUAUCUGUUGCUCUAUAGCAGUGUACAUUUUUUUUCCUCUGAAACAUUUGUGUACAGCAGCUGCAUUGAAAAUUAAAACAAAACACAUGGGUUGUUUUAGUGUGAUAUUUAAAAGGAGUUAACUAGUUUACUGCUAACCACCUAGUCAUUACCUCUGUAUUUAUGAUGCUCUCCUUCUUUAAUACUAUUUUUUUCAAUGCACAUCGCAAUUUUUUUUUUAAGUUCUAAUCAUAAUUUCACAAUUUGAAAUUUUUAAAUGUGUAAAAAUUAUGUCUAUCAUUAUCCUAUGUUUGUGUUUGUUUUAAUCAUUGCUUUAUUCAGUAUGGUGAGAGCUCUAACUGGAUCCAACAAGAAUUGUCAAAGCAAGUCAUAAUCAAAUUAUUUUUUUCCCUUCUUUUUGCAGCAUACUAGUUUUAUUUCAGUCUGUAAGAUCUUUAAAUAUGUUUGAACACAAAAUUAUAGUGAGUGUGCAUCUUUGAAACACCCUGUUUUGUAAUGUUUUUUUUUCCCUUGAGCUUACUAUAAAGUGGUAAGUUUAGAUUAGCACAAAGCUCUCAUUCCAUACAAAACUAUACAUCAGCAGCAAUUUUCAUAGAUUUCUAUUUUUUUUAAAUGUGCAUUGAAUGCAUAAGAAAAUAAUACUUUGUACUUUUUAUAUCUUGUAAUAUUGAUCAUAAGCUUUUAAAUUAUCAUAUUGGCCAAUUUUUAUUUGUGAAAUUCCAUAGUUUUCAUAGCCAAAUUUCACCAUGUUUGCUUCUUGGGUUAAUUAUUUUUUUAUUAUUUGCAGACAUUUAUUUUUUCUUGCUGUUUUGAAUAAUAUAUUCACAGAUAGAAGAGUCCUUUGAAAAAUCGAUGAUUUUGCUGCAUUAUAUGAAUGUAUCAUUUGUAAACUAGAUGACCAAUGCUAACAGCUGAGUAUCAAUAAUAUUUUUUUAGAAGACCAUCAGUGCUCACACACUUCUAUGCCUGUCUCACUUUCAGAGGUGCACUUGAGAAAACAAAUGCAAUUGCUCACAGUGAUUCCUAGUCACGACCUAGAGUCUAAGAAACUUUAAAGUGCUUGUAUGUAUUUGGCUGUUUGAACUGUCUUUUUUGUAAGCAGUGUCCUGUAAAGUGGGAGAUUCACCAGCGAAUGGCUUUUGUUGCACAUGUGCUGCUGCUUUGCUUCAUGUGAUCGCCUAUGCAUACAUUCAUAUGUGCAAGUGCACAGACAUGAGAAGUUUCUUUCUCCCAUUGAGCUGAUUGCAGCUAUAGUCAGCAUUUUCCUGAACAUGCUGAAGAUAGCUAGCUGUGCACUUCUGACUGUCCCAUUUAUACAUAUAUCCUCUUAAAAGCAUUUAUCUUUAGUUAAGUGGUGGAUUUGUUUUAUUAGAAAAAAGGGUGGAAGAAAACAAUGUCACCAAAGUAAAUUAUGAUCAGCUUUCUUUCUUUUUCCUUUUUUAUUUUAGAGAGUUUGUGAUAGCUCAUAUUCAAAACAUGAUGAGAUAGUUUAGAAUUUGAGCUAAUGCAUUUUAAAGGUUAUUCAUAAUGCACACAUUUUGUGUGUGUGUGCUCGCGCUCUCGUUUGGUGCUAAAAGUAAGCCUUACAUAAGAAGAAUUAUGGGGAUAUCAUCAAAAGGGUUUCCCCACUGCUGCAUUUGUCUAAGCUUCACUUUGGGAUUGUAGUAAUUUACCAUCACUCUCACAAAGUGCAAAUGUCACGUUUGUAGUUCUCUCACAAGAGUGCUACUGUGUGGUCUCAAGGCCAACAUGGAUUUCCUGGUUGUGAAUGAACAAACUAACCUUUAUGCAUAUGGAAUAUCUGUGCAUUUGACUGACAUGCUCACAAUUAUUCUAGCUCAUAAUAUUGUCUCUUGAAUAUGUUACAGUGGGAUUACAGUAAGAUUAUUUUUUUCUAAAAAUUUUGGAUGCUAAAAAGUUGUUUCAUACAUUUUGUUGGAAUUGCUUUUGGUAGGAGUCUGAGUUGUGCUACAAAUGUUUAUUCUGGUAACAUAUGAUUGUCAUUGGUAAAGAUAUAGGUAUUCCAUCACAGAUAAAAACUUAUACCUGUGGCUUGUCUUUGAAGUUAUGAUUCCUAAUCUCUUGGAUACAAUGAACUUCAUGCUGCAGCCUCAGUCUGUGUUAACUGUCUCUGACCAGUCAUGUAUCACAUCACAUUAUCAAUGCCCUUUGAUAUGGUAGUGGUCUAAAUUGCACAGUAAAUACCCUAGUACAAAUAUGUUAGUGAUUCUUUGCUCUUUAUCCUUGGAAUGACAACAUUAUAAAGAACCAAAUCUGAUUUCCACAGUCAGCAUAAACAUGUGAUCUUUCAGCUUUUCUAUCAAAGUUGGGGUAUGUUUGCAAUGCAAUUGUCAUCUUGCCAUGGAUUUAAUGCUGGUCACCUCUGCUCACAUUCCCUUUCUGCCGUAAUUAUUUUUCUAUUCUACAAGUCUAGAUUGCAGUUUAAUGAGCAUCAGAAAAUGGUGGUGAAAAUACAUUUCAUAACUUUGGGUUUAAUUUUCUCAUGAUCUAAAGGAACCCUUUGUCAAUUUUUCUCUUUCCUUAUCAACUUAAAUUUAACCAUGAUAUAUGACUGCACAUUACUGAAGGUUGUUUUGGAGAUGGAUGUUUGUGUUGGUUAUAUUAAACUGUGUGUUGUAGUACUAAAUUGUAUAAAACAGCAUUAACUGUAUUUUAGCAUUACACAAGAGAUCAAGAUAUUGUUGUAAGAGAGACAAAACAUUAGCUUGAAGAUGUGCUGCAAUGAGCUGCAUGAAAGGUGUGGAGGUCUUUCACUAGCAAGAAAGCUUAUGAAGUAUUGGUACUUUUGCAUCUUGCUUUUUUAGGUGACUAAAGGAGUUUAAUAAAGAGAUAUAAUACUUUAUUAAUUUGAUGAAAUAGUAUUUUGUGAUUAUUUCUUUUCCCCUUAUGAAAAGUUUCAAAAUUUUGGCUUGGACCAUCUCUUGAUCUCAUUUAAAUGCUUUUAUUUCUGUGAGCAAAAUAAACCAGAUGUCUGGUCUAGUGAGAAUUCAUUUACUUUGUAUAUCUUUCUCUCCUAAUGCUUGUACUUUUUCUACUUUACAUGAGGAACUUAAUUGCAGGAAGCGUUCAGUAUUUUCAGGUGUUUAUUUUUAAGAAUAACCUCAAAAGUAAAUGUGUUAAUUGAAGAUAUAAUGAAACAAGAAAACAUUAAGGCUGGAAAGAGUUCGUGUUAUAUUAUUUCUUACAUAUUAAAAAAAGCAUGCAAAUGCAAAAAUAAACUUAUGCAAUAAAUAUUGAUGUCUUUUUAUGACAUUGUAACGGAGUAGCAUAUUUUCAAAGACCUCGGGGAAAAUUUUUUGAGAUGAGAUGCAGAUUAUUGCUUACUCUGGUUUUAUUUAAUUUAUUGCUGCUUGACAGUGACUAAAAAAAUAUUGUGCCUCCUGUCAUAUCAUUCCAGUCUCUACUGUUGUCUCUGAGUUGUGCUGUAGAGCACAUUUUUUGUUUGUUUGUUUUUUUGUGUUUUUUUUGUUUUGUUUUGUUUUGAUGAUGAUGAUGAUGAUGAUGAUAUGGCACAUUAUCUUUUGCCUUAGGAUAUAAUGCAAAUUAACAACUUUUUUCUUGAGCUCAAUGGUCACAACUAAUGUCACUGACACAUCAGAUGCAUUACGUUUUUUGUGUAUGUGUUAAACCUUUCAAAAGCAAUUCCAAAAUUUCAAAGUGUUUUUUAGGACUGUGCCAUACUAACAAUGAAUCAGGGCAUGCUGAUGCUUCACCUCAAUGUAUUUUUGGAGACAAGUUCUUCAUGCUCAUGCAUGCUGGUUUGCUUAUGACUAUGCAUACUAGAACACCUAUUGGAAGGUAUUAAAACAUUCUGCCAUUUUUUAAAACAUAAUACUUCGGUAGUAGACAUCAUUUAUUUGUAUGCAUUACUUUGUAUUGAAGAUGACACUUUAUACUGUGCCACUUUGUAUUGCAUCAGCUGGGAUACACCUUUUUAUUAUUACUAUUGUUUUUAAUUAGACAAAGAUGGCCUUGAGAACUUGUUUCAGUCACAGGUGAACUGAAAUGUCUUAGUAUGUGCUUUCACUGUUUUGACACAAUACUACUGUGAUUUAAGUGUUUAUGAAGUUGUGUGUGCUGCUGUGUAAAAAUGUUGCAGUUACAAUGCUUGUUCUCCUGAUAUUACAGAUUCAUACACUUGUUGAUAAGUGAAGCCACUUUUUCCCUUUGUUUCUUAUGCUCCUUACCAUAAAAGUAGUCCACUAAAUAGUACACUAACAAAAACUAUAUCAGAUAAACCGCAUAGAUACUUGUGAAGGAAAUUAACUGAAUUGUUUAUGUUUUAGUGCUUUUUUUUUUUUUUUGAAGGGUUGAAUUCUACUUUGGAUUAUUUAGUUUUAACACUGAAAAAUUUUCAAAACCAUGUAAUUUUGUCCUUUUUUUUUUGAAAGACCUUUUGAACUGGAUAACUCUGGGACCAGGGUUACUUGGGACCUCUGAUAAAGAUUGUUUUUCCUUUUCUCUUUGUGCAGAUAUGUGGUAGCAGUUAGCUUUUUCCCCUUUGUCACAGAAACAACAUUUGUUCUUUUCUUAAUCAUCCUAAAAUGAGAACUAAUGUAUGCUAUAUUACACCUCAUUUGAGGUGUCUUGAUACCAUUGUGUGUAUUUCUAUUUGACAGUGCAAAUUUAUGCUGCUGAUGUGACUGUUAAAAAGUGUGAUAGUUCUUUUGAAAUUUAAAGUUGAAAGAGUCACCCUUUGCUUUUGAAUUUACUGAAACCUACUGAUAUUUAUUCUUUCAUAUGUUUAGAAAACAUUUGUUAACAACCAGUUACUCUAUAUCUGAAAUAAAUCAAACAGGGGAUGAAGUAUCCAUUUGCUUGCAUCCUAAAUUGCAUUCAACCUUUACUGGUUUCUAGGAAACAAAAAUUAUUACCAUUUGUGUAGACCAUGCACGAAGAUGUUUGUUGGGAAUACAAUGAAAAGUGUGAACUACUUUGUCAAAUUUAUGCUAAUCAUUUGUCAACAUAAUACAUAAGCUUAACAUCCAUUUUUCUUUUGUCGCACAAAAGUGCAUGUACAGUAAAACCAAAGUACUCAUUCUUUCAUAAUACAGUUCUGCACCAUGUUACUUCAUUGUUUUAUAAAUAUGUGGUGACAGAUUUCGUUUUGGGGUUAUCUACAGAUCUUUGGAGGUCAGUAAGCAUUGUUUAGUGAGCAUUUCUGAAAAUGAAGCAGAAAAGUUAACCAUUUCACAAAGUUUCUUUUCAGGAUAUUUUUUUCCUGUCAAGUUUUCAAAAUGGUUAAUUUUUUUAAACUGUUAUCUUAUUAGUGAAUUGACAUAGCAUGGCAUGUUUGUGCGUGUGUGAAAUGUUGAAAUCACCUCCACACAAGUCACAUUAAUACCAGUUAUUUUGAGGGGCUUAAAGCAUAGCGAUUUUCUUUCUCUCCCCCUUCCCCAGCUUCCUUCCCUGACAGGCAUGUAUUUUUUAAAAAUGGCUCUGGUUUGUUUGUUUUUUUUUUUUUAAUGAAUGGCUACAUAGUGAUGACAAAGAUGAAAUCUGUAAACAUAAUUACUUAAUAUUCUUAGUAUAUAAUCAUUAUUAAUUGAUAGGAACAAUGCUGUCUCAGUGUUUAUUUUUAAAUUGAUGCCUCCAAAAUAAAAAGUAAACACUAAUGCUACAGUAUUAAUCUUUCACAGAUCCAGUUAAUUGGUUGAUAUAAAUAUUGCACAGAGGAAAGUGUCUGUAUGCAAUUCCUUGCAAGUGAUAAAAAUGCAAGAAAGAAAUUAAUUUUUCACUAUGGUUAACAGUAGAUAUGAAGCCUGCUUAUGCCGUAGUAUUAUAUUUCACAGGAAUUGUAUUAUCGUCUAAGCUUUGCUUUUUCAACAGUUGAUUUGUGUGUGUGUGAAAAACUCUUAUUGCGGAUAUCUUUCUAUUAAAGUGGCUCUAUGGGAAAUGGAAUUUAUGAGUGGAGACAGUUUUAUACUCUUAAGGGAUGGUGUUACAGGCUAACUGAACUCUGUGAUCAAGACUAACAAACGAGCUGUUAUUUUUUUCUUUGCAUUAUUCUAUCACAUGUAAAUGCAUUGCAAGAUGUUGAAAUAUUACAAGGCCAUGCCAAGAUGUAUAUAUCUGAUGACAAAUUCACACAAAACAUGGAAUAGACAAUGACUGUAUUUAUAGUUAAUAUACAUGCUUAUGUAAAAAUAGAUUGUAAUAAAAUACUGUUUGUAUCUUGUAUCUGUCUUGUGUUUUCAUUUAUAAUACAAGCGUUUGUGUGAAAUGACAUUUACACUGUAUAGCGGUUGUAUAAUUCUGUGUCAUGACUCACAUAACCAUUAAAAACCCUUUUAAUUAUUGUAUAAUCAUCAACGGCACACGCUGAAAACUAAUUUGACCACAGCGACACACAACCGUACAACCCCUAGAUAAUGUCUAUGAGCUUAGGCGGAAUACCACAGUGGAUCAUCAACUUCCAGAUGAGUUCCUGCCUACACUGUUAAUAAAAGGUAUUCUCAAAAUCAACAAAAGUUAUCUAAAGGAAGCACUGCCAUUCGAUAGACUGCUCAAUGAUGAUACUGAGGGUGGAAAUGUACGUGGUCAGUGCAUUACCUAUCCUGGCGAAACCGCGUGCUUGUUCCGGCUCAGUCUCUUGUCUAAUGCCUCAUUUAAUCUAUCUAGUAUUACCCUUGAUCAGGGCUAGGAAUGGUUAGCAGCAUGAUCGCCAGCCAAUUGAUUAACUGGGAGAUGUGUCCUUUCUUUGGUAAUUUGACCAGGUGACCUGUACAAGACAUGUACAUGUUCUUAGAUCUCGUGCAGAUAGAGGCUGUAAAAUCGUUACUUUGUUUCUGGGUCUGCUUUUAGUGUUUCUGGGAGUAUGCCAUCUUGUCCUGCUGCUUUGCAGCUUUCAUGCUUUUGAUAUCCUUGAUUUUUUUUUUUUUUUUUUUGGGGGGGGGGGGAGCUGGCGUUGACGUGGAGUUGUUCAUUUGCUGGUGGCAUGUCACGUAAAGAUGGUGGAUGAGGUCGGUUCAGAAUCGCUUCGAAGUACUCCAUCCAGGGGUCUCUUUGUUGAAAUACACGUCCUUAUGGUCUUGCCGUCUAUGUCUUUCACCGGCUUGUUAGGUUAAUGUUCCUGCCUGACAGAGUUUAUGUUAUGUACUGAGAAUUGUGAUAGUUUUUCAAAGAAUCACACGCAUCCAUUAUAUAUUAAUGUACUUCCACGAUUCGAAUCAUUGAAUAGUCCUUAAGUUGUUUCUCGCCCCAACACGUGAGUACAAAAAUGAAGAUAUUGAUUUGGAACAGGAAAGCGGGGAUAGGGUGAAACCCAUCUCUACUGAACAGUAUAUAGCGAUCAGCUUUCAAUUCAAAGAGAACCCAAGCUUUAGCCAGGCUGAAUCCACGUACCAUGUGCACAGACUUUUACACUCUCUCUAUGCUAGUCUGUGGGACUGACGUUAUAUCAGUGCAGUUCUUAUUUAGUCACAUUUUCAAAUAUCCGCACAGAGUGGCUUGAGACUGCGAUGGCAGCAGAUUUGAACUAUUGAUCGACAGCAAGAAUCAGACAUUGGGUGGCAGACAUUGUUUUCGUUUCGCAAAAUGGAUGUUACUCAUGGUCUUAUAUCAAGACUAGUAAAAAGCAAGUCGACUGAGCGUGUUCUCGCUCCGAUUGCCUCUCAGGUAUCCUUGCUUAUGAUACUGAGUGAUGUGGGUAUUCAAGAAGAGAGCGAGAACGAAGUACCAUCUCUUAGUAUGAGCUUGUGUCUGGAAAAACUGAUUCGAGCCAUCAAUGGAUUUAUGGCUGUUGGCGAGGACCAGAUUCGUGGUUCUUCUGAUAUGGUUUUCAAGAACAAAAUGAGUGGGGCAUGUGAAACACUGGAGCUAGCCAAGAGCCAGCUGUUUGUGGCUGGUCAACAGGUUAGUUCCAUGCCAAGCAGCUCUAGUGCUCAUUCUGUGCUAGUCAGGACAGCAAAGGAUCUACUGCAGGCUGUUCUUAGGGUUCUAUUAGUUGCUGAUGAUGUAGAAGUCAGAAGAAAUGUCAAGGCUAUAGGAGUUGUGGAGGAAAAACUCAAGAAAGUUAGCAAUGUCAGACGUGCUCAAGAUCUGGUCCCUGCUUUUAAGGAGUUAGCUGAAGCAAUACUAUACAUGACCAUGUUGGUAAGUCGACGCCAAAAAGACCUGGUGAGCAGGGCUCAGGGUGAACAGCUAGUUGUGGGAAUGAGCAUGUUGCGUAAAGGAGUCUCUAGCCUUGGCAUGGCUGUUCAGACCUUCCUAAAGUAUCCACAUAAUCCACAAGCUUUGGCAAGUAAAGAUCAAGUUAUUACUCAGACAUUGACCACACUGGCUGAUAUGCGAGAAGUUCUGGAAAGUGGUCCUCCUUCUGACAUGGACAGUGAGGAAACUGGACAUUUUGUGGAACAUAUUGACAAGGUUCUGGAUGGACUUUCAGAGGCCAAUCGAUUUGACCUAAACCCUGAUACAGAGGUGUGGGUCGCAUCAAUUGUACGUCAUGCAAUGGGGGUUGCAUUGCUUUGUCAGGGCACGUAUCACCACCUCAUUACUCACACAUGUCAACGGAUACUGCAAUCCAAGUUUCGCCUGUUUGAGCUGAAAGAAGCAAUGAAACAUGAUCCUAAUUUAGGGGAAAUCAGGUUUGACUACGAAAAUGUGUGUGAGAUGCUCCUGGAUGAGUUCUGCGAGGUGGAGAAGCAUGUCAACAUGGCUCUUCUUAACUUGAUAGUUGAUACUUGCUGCUUCACCUCUCAGCCUUUUGAACUUCUGGCCAAAGCGGCACUUCACCCACAACAGGAUGAGACUGCUAAUCUUCCAGAAUCUUCCCUGGCAAGGGACUUUAGCUUCCACAGUGAGAAAGUGUGCCAAGUAGCUACCAUGGCUGCAGCUAGUUCCAUGGACCCCAAAAAAGUUCGAGCUGUCAAAAUAGCUGUUUCUCGACUUGAGCAACUUGAUCCAGAAGUGAUCCCAGCUGUGAUGGCUGUGGCACAAUGCUCAACUGAUGUGGUAGCAGUGCAACAGCUGAAAAGGCUAGUACAGGAGUGGGGACAAGAGAUGGAGCUUCUAGUGCAGACCCUUGAUUCCAUGACUGACCCUGCUAUCUUCAUUAACGUCACAGAACAACGAAUUCGGCAAAGCAUCAACGUGAUUCGAGGGUGUUUGUCAGAGAGAGACAUUCCUGGCUUGAAAUACAGCUUGCGUAAGCUGCUUGCCCAUGCACGUCAUAUGAUUCAGGUGGCUACUCAAGUUGUGGACCAUCACUUUGAUCCUAUUUUUCGCAAUGGUUUGCUGGUGUUCAUACAGCGUAUGACACAAGCAAGAAGAGGCUUAAAGGAGGCGGGACAGGCCAUCUUGGAAGAUCUUACACAUCCUCGUUUGGCAGACACUCUGCAACGACGAAUGAACUUACUGGUAGAUACUACAUCUGACCUACGCCAGGGUCUUAAGGGAGACAAUCAUGUAGAUGUGCUCAACCCAGCCCGUGAAAAUGUUCGCAACAGACCUCACCAUGUCUCAAAGGUUGUUACUGGAAAGAAGAGAUCAGAGUCGGAUGUGCUUCCUGCAAGAAGCAAGGAACAUGCCAGUCAACCCAAACCACUCAAACCAGUCCAGGAGCCCAUGAUGAGCAAUGUGAACAAAGAAAGCAUGAUGUCAUCACAAGCAGCUAUUCCAGCAAUGUCUACAUCUUCCAUAGCUGCCCCAAGAACUUGUACAGCUUUACAUACAACUUCCACUGUUUUUCCUGCAGCUUCCACAGUUGUUCCUGCAACUUCCACUUCUGUUCCUACAGCUUCCAUAGUUGUUCCUGCAAAUUCCACUUCUGUUCCUGCAGCUUCCACAGUUGUUCCUGCAACUUCCACAGUUGUUCCUACAGCAUUCUCAGUUGUUCCUGCAACUUCCACAUUUGUCCCUACAGCAUUUACAUCCGUCACAAUGGCCAGCACCCCCACAUGCAUGGCUGCAGUGUUGAAUGGUGCGGUUGUGGCAAACCCUGACAAUAUAUAUUACACCAGUCAACCAACAUUACAGAAAACAGGCAACAAAGUAAAAGAUAUGGAUGCACAGUUGACUGUUUCAUCAUCAACAAAUGUCCUUACCAAGCAGCAGAAAGGGGAGGUGAGCAGACUUGUGCAGGUGUGUGGAAACGGUCUGGUGUCAGCAGCAGUUGCAGGUGAUGCAACAGCUUUAGCAGAAAGGAAUGGUGACAUGCUUGGAUGGACAGCUCAUUUGGUGGAGACUGCACUUUGUUUGUUAGACCAUUGUCAUCAUGUCAGUUGGCAAAGGGAAAUGCAAGAGCUGACUGUGACUCUGGACAGACUAGCUCCACAAGUGAUAGAAAUGGCCAGAUUUGUGCUGGCUGGAGACAUGGGGCAGUCUGAUGCUUUGAAGGAGCUAGUAGACAGCUGGAUGGAUGUAUGUAAUAGGUUACGGAUCGUAAUUGAUGUGGCGACAGGGGACUGGCUUGUGCUGAUGGAGCAGGUCAUACAGACUGUCUCAGCCAAAGAUCCCACCAGCCUUAAGCAUCUGCUUGGUCAAGUGGACAGCAACUUUCGUGAAAUGAAGCAGCUUUUAAGAAAAGCACAAAAGUUAGAGGGCUGCCAUGUGCCAGCUGGCGCACAGAUUAUCCAGUUUUUAAGCAACACUCAGUCUGAGCUAGAGAAUGUGACAGCCACUCUGAAGACCGCUGCAGACUGCAUGGCAACCUCCUCCACAUCAGCUGGUGACAAAAAUGCAAUCAUGAGGACUCAGUUAGUGCAGUGGGGCAGAGAGUGGUGUACCUUGAUGACCUGUGUUGUGGCUGAGUUUGACUACAUGGCUGACAUACUCAUUCAUACUGGCCAGUCCAUUCUGGGUAUCCCAGCCACUGUGGGCAUCAGCAGUCCAGUUUCUAGUUCCAGUCGUAUUUUCAGCAGCUGUGACAAUAAAGUUGCAGCAUUGAUUGAGACAGAGACCAUUCGCUUGAAGGACAUGCUAACAUGUCUUUCCAGCAGUGAUUCAGGUACAAGAAAACGCUGUGAAGAGCUGAAGGAGUCAUUAAGUGAGAUCAUGAAGGAGGUGACGGAGAUUGUGCAAAACCCUAUAGAUUCCAUCCUUCCCCAGGCACAGCUGUUUGCUCGACUAGAUGCAGGCAUGGCUCGAAGCCACUGGACAGAAAAAGCACUUGAAACUGAACAGCUAAUCCGCCGGUACUGCCUCAAGUUCUCUGCCCCUGUCAACAACCUCCUCAUUUUGGCCACAGCCACUUCCACUUCAGGUACUCACAAAGAGGCAGUUCAGACUGAAGCAUCCGCUUUGGCGGACAAGCUAAAGAAUGCCACACAGAAAGUUUUGCAGGCUAUUCAGCUGUCUUCUGAACUUCCCCAACGAGCCACUGUGCGACGCUGCCUUGAUGAUUUAAACAUUUUGCUUGCCAUGAUCACAGAGUCUGCAGCAUUGUGUGCUUCAGAAGCUGGUUCCAGGCCGAAAUCUAAAGAAACUGAGCUGUACAAAGCUGGGUUCAGUGGGGAGCCAAGGUAUACCAUCUCAUCAGUGUUCUUCGCAGCAUGAGUGAUAUUAAACCAGGGCUUGUUGAAGGGCUUGAGCGUCAGUUUAGUGCUCAAUCAUACCCACAGCCACUGCGGCCAGCUCAGCUGAUGCCUCCCAAUCACAAAGUUGAUCACACAACAGCCCAGCCUCAGGAGGAGCAAGGAGUGAUAGAACCCAUGGUGAUGCAGAC